AUGCAUUCCAAAAUGUUCUUAGUAAUUAUAAUCACGCUGUGGUUUAUCGGUUUCGCCGAGUGCCAGUCUCCUCCAGCAAUUUUUCUCAAAAAGUUUUAUGUUCCUGGCCUCGACAUAGGGUCAAAUGAGUCUCAAGGCAUCAACACCACGACCAUAUCUGUCGAGCUCAGUUUUUGGAGGUUAAACAACAAGGGACGCGAGCAGCCAAAAUCUGUUUAUUACGAUAGCAUUAAUUUGGCUGUUUAUUAUUAUAGUGAUAGCUCAGAUUUACCGAUCGGAAACAUCUCUAUACCCGAGUUCCAUCAUUCGUCCGGUUUGGCAGCUCAUCGCUCAGGGACAGUUAUGACUCUUGGAGUACCUUGGGAAAAGGCUAGAACAGAGGUUUCUAGCGGGAAAACGAUCAUGUUUAGGAUCGAAUUGGAUACAAAAACAAGGUAUUCGAAUGGAAUUUUGAAGUCAAAAAGACAUGAUUUGAGGUUAGGAACGAACGUUACUGUCAAUGAUCGAGGAUCGAUGUCUUUCAACCACGAUUUGAGGCUAUCAAGCGCUCCUGUUCAAGUCGGUGGUCUUAUAAGCCUGGGUAUCGUUGCCUUAUCGGUUCUCGUAUUACAUAUUCUUCUUUAG